CCCUAUAUAAUUGCUGCUUUACCUCUAUCAUUCAGCCCACCACCACCCACCACAUAUGGGAAUAAGCAGCAUGAAGGUGCACCAGUUCGCACGUGGACUCUGGGAACACGAACCCUCCCUCACUCUUGGCUGCACCAAACGCCUACGCCCUCUCGCUCCCAAACUGGCCAACACCACCGCAGGCGACACCACUACCACUGCCCUUGCUCCUUUCGACCUCAAGAGCUUCAUCAGACCUGAAAGUGGCCCUAGAAAACUAGGAUCCUCUGAUCAUCAGGAGAAGAAAGAUUCCCCCCACCCCCAGGUAGAGACGCACCCAGGAGGGACGCGUUGGAACCCAACGCAAGAACAGAUAGGAAUACUAGAAAUGCUGUAUAGGGGAGGCAUGCGCACUCCUAAUGCACAGCAGAUAGAACAAAUAACAGCUCAGCUUGGCAAGUACGGCAAGAUAGAAGGCAAGAAUGUGUUUUACUGGUUCCAAAACCACAAAGCACGCGAGAGGCAGAAGCAAAAACGCAACAGCCUCGGCCUCAGCCAUUCUCCCAGAACACCAACUCCUGUAAUUACCAACCUGGGAGAAGUAGUAGGGGAAAGAGAGGAAGAUAGUCCGUACAAGAGAAAGUGUAGGAGCUGGGGAUUUGAUUGCUCUGUAGAAGAUAGUGUAGUUUGUAAGGCGGACGAAGUCGUGGAGGGAGGUAGAGGUAGAACUUUGGAGCUCUUCCCAUUACAUCCGGAAGGGAGAUGAGAGGAGAGAUGAUCAUGGAUCGAUGUGCUUACUUUGACAUUAUAUCAUGUGCUUUCCUUUAGGUUUAAUUCCUUCUUCUUUUUCUUAUUGGUUUCGGGAAAGAAGAAAGGCAAGCAAGUGUCUCUUUGUACUGAUCUAUCUCUCUCCCUCUCUAGAUCUAUGCUACCACUAGAUGCCUUUUGGAGCCAAAAGGGUUUGUCAAUUGUCACUAAGUGCUCUUUAUUUCAAGCUCUCUUUCUCUA